AUGACGAAGAUGAUUAAGCUCGUUUCCAGCGACGGAAAAGAGAUCGAGGUGGAGGAGGAGGUGGCCAUCCAAUCGAAGGUCAUCGAGGGCAUGCUCGGCGACUUUGACGGCGUCAUCCCGCUCGCCCCCGUCCACUCCAAGGUGUUGCGCCAGAUCCUCGAGUACUGCCGGAAGCACGCCGCCACCAAUUCUUCUCCCUCGUCGUCGUCCUCCUCCUCUGCUUUCGCCGCCGCUGCCUCCUCCUCCGCCUCCUCCUUCUCCGCCGCCUCCUCCUCCGACAACUCCUUCUCCUCUUAUUGCAUCUCAUCGAAGCCCGUCUCAGACCCCGCGCUCAGUGCUUGGGAUAAAGAGUUCGUCAAGCUCGACCCAUCCUCCCUCUACGAUCUCUUCAUUGCUGCGAACUACCUGGACGUUAAAGGAUUGGUCGAUUUUAUCGCUGAAACCGUCGCCGACAUGAUCAAAGGGAAGGAACCGGAAGAGAUCCGCCAGUUGUUAGACAUCGAUAAUGAUUUCACUCCUGAAGAAGAAGAAGCCGUCCGGAGCAAGCACCCCUGGGUGAUCAAGCUCUUUCGUAUGGUAACGACGAAAGCAGUGAAGGAGAUGAUCAAGCUCGUUUCCAGCGAUGGGCAAGGGAUCGAGGUGGAGGAGGAGAAGGUGGCCCUCCUAUCGAAGGUCGUCGUGGAGCAAGGGAUGGAUGUGGAGAAGGUGGCGUUCCUCCUAUCGAAGGUCGUCGUGAUCAAGGUGGAGAAGGUGGCGGCCCUCCUAUUGAAGGUCAUUGUGGAGCAAGGGAUCGAGGUGGAGGAGGUGGCAGCCUUCCUAUCGAAGGUCAUCUUGGAGCAAUGGAUCGAGGUGGAGGAGGUGGUGGCCCUCGUAUCGAAGGCCAUCGUGGAGCAAGGGAUCGAGGUGGAGGAGGAGGUUGUGGCCCUCUUAUCGAAGGUCAUCGCGGAGCAAGAUAUCGAUGUGGAGGAUGCGGUGGCCCUCCUAUCGAAGGUCAUCGUGGAGCAAGAGAUCGAGGUCUACGACGUGGUGGCCCUCCUAUCGAAGGUCAUCGUCAAGCAACGGAUCGCGGUGGAGGAGGCGGUGGAGGAGGAGGAGGGGAUCCUCCUAUCAAUGAUCAUCAAGGACAUGGAGCUCGACGAUGCCGGCGUCAACCCCCUCCUCCUCGAGUACUGCGAAUGGAAGCGCGCCCAGAAGCACGACGCCUCCAAUUCGUCUCCCUCCUCGCCCUCCUCCUCCGAUGACGACGACGACGACGACUCCUUCUCGGUCCCUUCGCUCAGCGCCUGGGACAAAGAGUUCGUCAAGUUCGACGGAUUCGACCCAUCCGACCGAUCCUGCCUCCGGGAUCUCCUCCAUGAGGUUGCAAGUGAAAACUGCCUGGACGUAGCUUUGGUCGAUUUGAUCUCUAAAAGCGUCUUCGACAUGGUCAGACGACGGAAAGAACCGGGAGAGAUGCGCCGGUUGUUUGCAUCAAGAAUGAUUUCACUUUUGAAGAACAGGAAGCCAUCCGUAGAAAGAAUGAUUUCAGUCAUGGAGAAGAGAGCGAGAGAAUUUACAGCGAGAAGAUUUCAGAGAUUAGGGAGGCGUGUGGUGCAACAACUUCUGGCUAAUCAAAUAGCCAUUCUAAUCGCUAUGAUCUCCGGAACAAACUUGAAUUAUCAGCCUUAA